AUCGCCCGCCGGUCACACUGGCUAAAGCUUAAAAAAACACUUGGCAAGAUUCAGAUAAUAAACAAAAUCAAAUUUAUCUGAACUUCGAAUAAGAUGGAAUACGAAAGUGUGCUGAUCGUGAAGCCGGAGGUGUUUAUCUACAAAAUACCGCCCCGUGCGAGCAAUCGAGGCUACAGAGCGGGAGAUUGGAACUUAAAGGAGCCCACCUGGACGGGCAGGAUGCGACUGGUGGCCAAGGGCACCGCCGUCAUCCUCAAGCUGGAGGACAAGACCAGUGGUGCCCUGUUCGCCAACUGCCCCAUCGACACAUAUCCCGGCGUGGCCAUCGAGGCGGUUUCCGACAGCUCCCGCUACUUUGUCAUCCGCGUGCAGGACGAUAAUGGACGGUCGGCAUUCCUGGGCCUGGGCUUCGGCGAUCGAUCCGAUUCGUUCGAUCUGAAUGUGGCGCUGCAGGACCACUUCAAGUGGGUGAAGAACCAGGAGCAGAUCGAGAAGGAGAAGACGGAGCCCAAGCAGGAGCUGGAUCUGGGAUUCAAGGAGGGCGAGACCAUCAAGAUCAACAUGAGGAUAACGAAAAAGGAUGGCUCCGAGGGAUCCUCGCGCACUGGCAAGAACAAAGGCUCCUCGGGCGUGCUGCCACCGCCGCCCGGUGGCCUUGGAAAGAUCGCUCCGCCACCGGCCGCCGCCCCAGCCACGACGGUACGGCAAAGUCCCGGCGUUUCGACCGCCCACAGACCCGCCGCUGGAGGAUCCGAAUGGACCGACUACGCAUCAGCCGGCGGCAACCAAGGACAACAGAACUCGUCCAACACCAACUGGGUGCAGUUCUAGAUAGACAUCAUCCUGUUCCUGCUGCUGCUCCUGCUGCUGCGCUCCUAUCACCCAGAACUUUAUGUUUUAAGACUCUUCAGAUGUUUUUUUUGUAUUCACCAUUUGCAAGCAAAUUAUUAUCGUUUUGAACAAGACCAAAAGAUUGAACAUAAAAUUCAGCAAAGGCGUCACGCGUUAAAGUUAAAGAUUUAUAAUUCAAUUGAAAUUGUGUAUUAGUUUCCCCGCCCACCACUCUCCCUCCCUCUCACUCUCUCUCUGUCUGACUGCGUAGUUGCGUCUCGCUCUAAUUGGAGGAGUACGAUGAGCGUGGGCGGAGUUCUCAGUGGGCGGGGAUCUGUAGCGAACUAUUUAGCCUGGUUGUUAAUUGUAUAAGUGAAAGUAACGAUAAUUUGUAUGGAAAUUAUACUAAAAUGUAAUUUGUUAACGUCGAGAUAAUGCAAUUAAAUAUGCAAACUAAGCUUAAAUCAAGUUACACACGAA